AUGCUGCGGGCCGAUGGUCUAAAGCUGCAUAGCAAGGGCCGGCUGACACCAUCAGGCACGGAGAUCUCAGUAGAUUCCUGUGAUCCAGACGAACCACAAUUGUCAGAGCAGUACAAGAAGUAUUUGGGCAACCUGCCAGUGCUGACUAUCCUAACUCCACAGCAAGCAGCAGCUGAAGGCCUUCUGGGCAUGGCGUAUGGUGGUGCUUUUCUCAGCGGACUGUGUUUGCGUUUGAGCAAACUUUCUGGAAACCCUUUGGCGCCGGGAACAUUGCAGCUGGCCUGCUAUGACGGGGAGGGCGUGUCCUACCAGGUUCAUGAGGACUAUGUUCCCAAGGGCGAUUAUGAUCCAGAAAACUUACCAGAACACCAUCGCGAAUCCUACAAGAGACGAAUCACAGCGAUUCUGUACUUGCAGGAUGACUGGGACAAAGAGUUUGGUGGCGCGUUUCGAGCACAUGCAGUUCGGCCAAAGACAGCAGCACGGCAGAAUUUGUUGAGUUGCAACUGCAACUACCAGAUUUCAGCGCAGUUUAGCACAACCAUAUCUGCAAACAGCAUACAGCAACAGGUAAGAGUCCGGUAA